AUGACACGAGAUAAUAAUUCACAACGAUCUACUUAUCAAAGACAAAUCAGUAAAUAUCGACAAGAACGUGAACGACUCGAGCCAAGACGAAGUGAAUUGCGUAGUCGACUGAGUCAAAUCGAUGAUAUGCUGGAAAACAUCAAUAAAGCACUCGACGAACGAAUACGAGACAGUAGUAGUCAAGAUCUGAUCAAGCCUAAUCGAGGAUUCAUCAUGUAUGGGCCUCCUGGUACGGGAAAGUCGGACAUUAUGAGUAACUUGUCAAGACGCAUGGGUAUCAGCAUGGUUGCACCACCAUUAGCUGCCGGUGAACUUAAUCGAUCGUUUGUCGGUGAGUCGGAACGGAUCAUUAACGAUAUAUGUAUGCGUUGUCAUCGUAUACCCUAUCUUAUGUGUUGUAUUUCAAUCGAUGAAAUCGAUGCGAUUGCACCCAAACGCACAAAUGAUACUAGCGAUGGAAAUGUAGCGAGAUUAAGUGUACUCUUGUCAGUUAUUGAUGGUAUCAAAGAUGUGCCUAAUCUAAUGAUUUUCUGCGCCACAAAUCGACUUAACAUGAUGGAUGAUGCUUUCCUGCGACGCAUGCAGGGCAAGUUCUUUGUUGGACGACCUUCUUCACAGGCAAGAAAAAGUAUCUUAUCCGGUAUCAAAACAUGGUAUAUGGAACCUGCACUUUUGGAAAAUUUAACAAUGGCUACGACUAACUUUAGUGGUGCAGCACUGCGGGCUCUUCGUCGUUUAAUCACUCUUCAUUGUGUCGAUAUGACACGGUCUGACCCAAAUUAUCAAAUUGAUUAUCGAACAGCACUUGAACUAACUAAUGAUAUUGCUCAACAAUAUCGCAUUUUUAUUGGAUCUGAAACAUUGCCCACACUCUUAUUACGCGCUUUGGAAGAUGAUCAAACAGCGCUUCUUGGUACAUUGCCAAAUAAAAAGAAUUCAGUUUAUACUGGUCGAAUUGUAAUCAAUCUUUCCAGACGUCAGAUUGAUGUCGAAGCUAUCUUAUCCCAUUCGACAGAUGAACAUGAAAAAAUUGUCUAUCAUGAACGUUUAACUGAUCGUGAAAUUGAUAUGCAAAAUUUACUGGAACGUUUGACUAUUUAUGGAAAAUCUCGUAAUGUUCAACUUCUUCAAUUGAUCGAUCUUAGUUUACUUUCAAUCGAAAGUGCCUAUGAUGAAAAACGAAAGUUUGAAAUCUUAACCGAACGAGUCGAUGAAUGUAGUAGCUAUCGACGAUCGAUGAUUGUAUACGAUUUAGAUUCACUUGUUGGUGUUAACAAAAGUGAAGGACAAUCAUCAACAGGUAAUUCAACAAAUGUUUCAUUGAUCAAUCAAGGUGUUUUUACAUUUGUUGGCGAUCGAUUUCAAAAGGCUCAUGUCGAUAAGGCAAGAUCGGAUGAAGAACAAGCACUUGUCAAAGAAAAUUGGGCAGUUGUUGUUGGUCGAGAUCCAUUUCUUUUACGACAGUUUUGUGAUUUUAUUCAAUUUACACGAACUGCAGAAGAACUUCAAGAAGAAGAAGAAAAUCGUCGUCGUCAAGAAGAAAAGAUCAAAUGUGUUAAAUGUAAUGAUUACUAUUUGGAACAGGACAACAAGAUGGGUGUAUGUGUACAUCAUGAUGGUUUUGUGUAUGAUAACAUCUCUGUUGGACUAGUUAAAUGUAGUCAAAGAUCGGCUGUUCAACAACUACUUAAAGAAGAAGCAUUAGCCGUCAACCAACCAACACAACGUGAACGUUUAGAACGAGCGAAACAACGUUUCAAAUUUGUUUGCUGUAAUCAGACGGUGAUCACUACCGGUAGUAUGGGUGGAUGUAAGAAAGGCCGUCAUGGCUUUGAAGAAAAUCGAACGAUCACAAUCAAUGAAUGGGAACGAAUGUGUGAUGAAAAUCGAGAGUAUUUACAGAAACGGGCAAAUCUUUUGGACGAUAGAGCAAAUACACGAAACAGUGUUCGAUCAGAAUAUCAAUAA